GGAGGCACAUCUGGCUGGGAGGGCAGGUGCCCAGGGCUUGGAGGAGGAGGAUGCACAUCUGGAUGGGGGUGGAGGCCCGCACAUCUGGACGGAGGGGGGUCUACGCCCAGAGCCAGGGGAAGGAGCACAUCUGGCUGGGAGGGCAGGUGCCCAGGGCUUGGAGGAAGAGGCUGCACAUCCGGAUGGGGUGGAGGCCCUCCCAUCUGGUCGGAGGGGGCCUAUGCCCAGGGCCUUUGGAAGGAGGCACAUCUGGCUGGGAGGGCAGGUGCCCAUGGCUUGGAGGAGGGAGGCUGCACAUCUGGAUGGGGGCGGAGGCCCUCCCAUCUGGAUGGAGGGGGCCUACGCCCAGGGCCUGGGGAAGGAGGCACAUCUGGCUGGGAGGGCAGGUGCCCAGAGCUUGGAGGAGGAGGAUGCAUAUCUGGAUGGGGGCGGAGGCCCUCCCAUCUGGAUGGAGGGGGCCUACGCCCAGGGCCUGGGGAAGGAGGUACAUCUGGCUGGGAGGGCAGGUGCCCAGGGCUUGGAGGAGGAGGAUGCACAUCUGGAUGGGGGUGGAGGCCCGCACAUCUGGACGGAGGGGGCCUACGCCCAGGGCAUGGGGAAGGAUGCUCAUCUGGACAGGGGGGCAUGUGCCCAGGGAGAAACAUGCCUAUCUGGACAGGGGACCUGCUUGCCAAUGUAGGAAGAUGCCUUAGAGCGACAGGGUAUCAUUUUUGGGUUACACGCCUGCGUGGCAGCCUGCAGCGAGCUGGGAAGAGAGGUGACUGACAAACAGUUCUCUAGUCUAGGCCCAGACAAAGCCUGCGGGCAUUCAGUGAACAGCAACAAAAUGCCUAUGACUGAAAGGGAGGUGGAGAGAGAUCCCCGCCCGUGAUACAUUUUGUAGUGAUGAAAUUCAGUUAAAAAGCAGAUAUUUGGGAUAAAGAGUUGAAGGACCCACUUGUGGACAAAUACCAAGUGGGGCUGGUGAACAUUAAAGAUCCCAUGGUGCUACUGGUAAAAAUAAAAGUGCUGACUGGUGUCUUGACCAAAUUCCAGCUCAGGCAGCUGCCUUUUGCCUAUUUAAGUUCCUCCUGCAAUUUCAACUAGGUGUGUUAUUCUUCACUUCCUGUCCUAAAGAGCUGUGCUCUGUGAAACAGCUGCCUGCCCCUGUUCCAUUCCCAGGAGCAGGAGGGGCUGCACUGCAGUGGUUGAUGAGGUGAGCCCUCUCUGCUAUGGGAUCUGGUGGGGUAAAAGAUGAUAGGGAAAUGCAGGACCUUACUUAGGAAGGAACAGAACAAUGAUGGCAGCCUUUGCUUUGCUCUCGCCUGUGAACCAUGGUGAAGAAGGCAGAAAUAGUGUCUAAAGAUAAAUGAUCUCACAGCCAAGUGGGUUACAGGGAGCUGCAGUUGAGCUGCACAGCGGACUCCCAUGCAAAACACCCACGCUAAGCUUUUUUUUUCCUCUCUCACUACAGUGUGAAGCAUCGCCUGGAAAUGAUCUUCUGGCAGAUCAGAAAUCUGUAUCAUGUCUCAUCUCAAGGAGGAGUUACUCUGCAGUUUGCUGUGGGUACAUAAGCGUAUCUUCCUCCCCAUCGAGUCAUUGGUCGGAGGAAGGAGCGGGGAAGGCAGCAUAUCCUCUGGUUCUGCAGUCAGUCGACAGCCGCCGUGCGGCCCCCGGGGGGAACAGUGCCACUGGGAUACGAGGUGCCCAGGCCAGGCCCCGGAGUGCCCUCCCGCCACACAGCACAGACAUAGCAGCUUGGAUCCUGACUGGUGCGUCGCACGUGCAGGGGAGGAAGCCAACCCCCAGAGGGCUCCCGGCCCCUCGAAGGCGACGCCAGGGACGAUGCUUGUUCUCGUGGUCGGCAUCUGUGCGGUGCUGCUGACCUGCAGGCCAGUGCUGCUGCUCUCCCAGCUUGAAACAGUGACGUUUUCCCCGGAGAAGCUAUCCUUGCCCGUGGGCGACACAGCCAGCUUCUUCUGCAAUAUUACCACGGCGAACUUCCCUCAGUUUGAUUAUAGUUUAAACUGGUACAAAAAGAUCAAUUCCACUUACACACAAAAAAUUGCCGAGUUUAAUGGGAAUGCAAAUAAAUUCCCGAAGGAGAAGUUCACCCUUAUCAACCAUACCUCGUCUGUUGAGAUAAGGAUUCUGCACCUAACUGAGAAUGACAGUGGCAAGUACUACUGCGGGCUGAUCGCUUUCUCCUCGCCCAGUAAAGUGGUGGAAAGCAACGUGUCCCAGCUCAUAGUUACAGAAGGAGGGCCCACCACCAUUCCCAACGUGACCGAGGACAACCAAGUGGGCGACUUUAAAGUGCCAGUCAUCAUUGGCGUGAGCAUCGCUGGGGCCAUGCUGCUGGGGCCAAUCACCUAUGUACUCUUCAUCACCACGCGCCGGACGGGAGGGCAGCAGAAACCACAUCGUGAAAACGCACUCUUGAAGAAAGAACAGGUGACGACCUACACAGUGGAUUAUGGCGUGUUGGAAUUCCAGCAGGAGGAGCACACAGAGGCUCCGGUGGAGAGUUACCCACCCGACAACACAGAAUAUGCCGUCAUCGUGUUCCCUGAAGAGAAGCCUGUCACCCCGGAAAGGGGGAAGAAAACGAAACACCAGAGGACCUGUCAAAUCUGAGCCCAGCCCUGCUGAUGGGUCAGGAGCCCGACUGUGCUUCUCCUUCUCCUUUGUCCUCUCUUUACAGCUUUCUCGGAGGCUUUCGGACAGGAAGGCCUGGUGCCAGCAUCUGCACUAUUUGUACACGCUGCGCCCGGUUGUACGUCAGCCCCUGACUCUCCUUCUUCCCCGAUUUGGACAGCCGCUCGAAUGACUGACAUUUUACGGCAGCCGUCAUCGGGAUCCUUCCCUCCUCCAGCAGGCCGCAAGCAAUUGUUUGCUGCUAAGGAAGACGUGCGGUCAGAACACGCUUCAGGGUCUGGACUAAUGGAUGUGUGGUUCGAGCCCUAUGCUGCCGUGGCAGAGAGCCAUGUUCAAUCCCGGUCCUUGGUUUCUUGCGCUGCAGGGGUGUAUUGUGGAGGCGGCAUGAUCCAGCCCUGGGGGUGGGGGAGAAAGAGGUAGAGUCAUGUGUCACUCAGCAGUUACCCUAUUGGUCAGUGAUGCUGGGCUCCAAAGAGAAGCCUUGCCAGUCCUCCUCGUUCAUUAGGAUGGUGAUGGCAAAGCUGGGUCUAAAGGAUGGGAGAGGGUAAACCGGUGGAAAAGCAUGGGAUCUUUAGGGCUGGAAGGUGGAUGCAGGGGCACCUGCUGGAAGAUGCUACCAUAGACCGUUAGAGCCCAAUUCUGCCUUGCUUACGGUCUAGGGAUACAAGCUGCCACCUCACAGAUAAACUAACGCUGACCUGCAGCUCUGAUAUUUCAGUCCUAGGGUUCCCCAGUCAUGCCAAACAGAGCGCAAACCUGCCUCUUUUGACUUCCUGCUGGGUUUGACCCGACUAAGAAAUCUUAACAUUGGGAGAAAUUCGUGAACGCAUGCCACCGGCUGCAGUGUAAAAGGAUACUAUGAAACAGAUUGCAGCUCUGAUGGGUUCUAAUCCCCACAGGAGCUGCAGCACCCAGCUGAAGUCAGUGGGUCUUCUUGGGUGCAGCGGACUGGAGCAGGUUGCUCCUUCUGUAUUGUACCGAGCUAGGGGCUUCUCCUAGCUUUGUGUGAGAAGCUGUGUUGCAUGUAACUGUUUAUUUAAAAAGACUAGUGGGAAAUGUACUGUAAUGUGUUUUUUCUUUUCUGUAGUUUUUGUCACAUAUUUGCACUUGAAAUUUAAGAGCUCCGGGUGGAUGGAGCUGGAUUGGCACCAAAUCAGGUAGAAAUCUGACCAGUGCACGGGCAGAGGAGAUGGCAAGGACGCCGAGCGAUUCUAGUGAGGCACAGAGACUGUGAAGCUCUUAGGAACGCCUUACUUCUUGACCAGCCCUGCCGGACUCAGCGGGGCUGUUAGAACAGUAAGGUGUCACUCCUGGGGUUCACAGUCAACCUGGGGGCUUGAUCCUGUUGAGUGGGUGCUUUGCCCUUAGCUUCGGCUACAGGGAGAUCAGGCCCCAGGAAUUUACACUGAAGUGGUUUAAGGUCUUUGUGAAUAAAAAGAAGCUUUAACUUUA